AUGAGAAAUAACAAAAAUAUUUAAAAAAAUCAAGAUGAUAAUUAGUCUCAUCACUCCUAAACUUCAGCUGUUGUCCGUAAGUUUGAGGAGCUAAGGCAAUCAAUUCAGCUAAAUAACUCUGUUCAAGAAAUUAGGUAGAGCGUUAAUUAAAGCUUUUAAACUAAAUAUGUUGGCGAUGAUGGAAAUAAAUAACCUCAUUAGCAUGCAGUUGAAUUAGAGGAUAUUAAGGUUACACCUUAAUAAUAAUAAUAAACUACUCAUAAAAACAACAAUAAAAAGAUGACUAAGGACGAAUAAGCAAAAGCACAACUUACCUAAAAAGUCGAUCAUAAAAUUUCAAUUGAUGAGCUUUGUUCAAAAUACUAAACAAAAUUAGACAGUGGUUUGACUUCAUAAUAAGCAGAACAAAAUCUAUAGGAAUAUGGACCAAACAAGCUUAGUGAAAAGAAAAAAACACCAUGGUGGGUAAAACUUAUCAAAGAAUUGACAAAUGGAUUUGCACUCAUGCUUUGGGUUGGAGGUGCAUUGUGCUUUAUUACUUACGGAUUGACUCCUGAAGAUCUGUCAAAUCUUUAUCUAGGUAUUGUUAUCAUUAUUGUUAUUAGUAUUACUUCUGGAAUUACCUUCUUACAAAAUGCUAAAUCAGAAGCUCUGAUGGAUUCCUUUAAAAAUUUUAUACCCUCAAAUAGUACAAUAAUUAGAGAUGGAGGUAUUAAAGUAAUAAACGCAGUUAAUCUCGCUGUUGGAGAUAUUGUCUUGAUAAAGGCUGGUGAAAAAAUCCCUGCUGAUAUGCGUAUAGUUGAAUCAAAUGAAAUGAAAGUAGAUAAUUCUCCUCUAACAGGUGAAAGUGAGGCUCUUCUUCGUACUGUGGAAUGCACUCAUCCUGAAAACUACUUGGAAACUUCUAAUAUAGCUUUCUUUGGUACUUUAUGUAAGGAAGGUACUGGAAAAGGUGUUGUAAUUUGUACAGGUGAUAGAACCACUCUCGGUCAGAUUGCUGAUUUGUCUUCAGGUGAAAGAAAAGUAAAGACUCCUCUUCGUAUUGAACUUGAUCGUUUUGUAGUUAUGAUCACAUGUAUUGCUGUAUUCCUUGGUAUUCUCUUCUUCCUUUUAGCCUACUUAGCUAUGGAUUAUCCUAUCCUCACUUGUGUUAUUUUUGGUAUUGGUAUCUUAGUUGCAAACGUACCUGAAGGUUUACUUGGAUGCAUUACUAUUUCCUUAGCUAUUACUGCUAAGACUUUAGCCAAAAAAUAAGUCCUCGUUAAGAACUUAGAAGCCGUCGAAACAUUAGGAUCAACUUCUUGUAUUUGCUCAGAUAAGACUGGUACUCUCACCUAAAAUGUUAUGUCUGUAAAACACAUGUGGUAUAAUAAUUCAGUCUAUCUUGCUAAAAAUUAGAAAUUCUUGACUCCAGGAGAAGCUGCAGAAUAUGAUAUUAAUGACCCCAAUUUCAAAAUGCUGUAAUAGGCUACUAUGAUUUGCAGUGAAGCUCGUUUUGAUACUUCUACUAUUGCCGAUUUAACAAAUAUUGAUUACAUGACUUGUCCUGUUAUUGGUGAUGCUACUGAAACAGGUUUAAUUCGUUUCUAUUAAUAUGUAUCAGAUGUAAAUGAAUUCCGUGAUUAGUUUAAAGUUGUACGUAAUCCUGAUGGUACUGUAGGAAAGAUGCCUUUUAAUUCAUAAGUUAAAUUUGCCUUAACAGUAGUUGAGGAAGAAGGUGAAAACAGUCAUUAUUGUGUAUAUGUGAAGGGAGCUCCUGAAAAGAUUUGGACUUUCUGCUCUUCAGUGUUAAUAAAUUAAAAGCCUGAUUAAAUUAAUCAAAAAUGGAAGGAAGAAUUUAAGAAAGUCAACUUAAGAUUUGGUAAAGGAGGUGAAAGAGUACUUGGUUUUGCUAGAUUACCCCUACCUGCUAAUGAUUAUCCUAUGGGUACCCACUUUAGUGUUUCCUCAGUUUAAAAAUUCAACUUUAAAUUAGAAAACUUUUAAUUUUGUGGUCUUAUUUCUUUGAUGGAUCCUCCUAAAACCAGAGUCCCUGGUGCCAUCUUAGAAUGUAAAUCCGCUGGUAUUAAGGUUAUCAUGGUUACAGGUGAUUAGCCUCCAACUGCCGCUGCUAUUGCUAAAGAAGUUAACAUUAUUCCUCAAUAUAUGAUAACAAACGAAGAUAUUAUGGAAAAGAAUCCUGAUAUGAAUUGGUUUGAAGCCACUGAAUAAUGUGAGGCUAUAGUUGUGCAUGGAGAUAGAAUUGUAGAAUCAAUAGAAAAAUGUAUUGAAGAAAAUAGAGAUGAUAAGUACUUCUAUUUACGUUAAUGGGUUAAGAAACCUUAUUGCGUUUUUGCUCGUACAACUCCUGCUUAAAAAUUAUAAAUUGUUGAAGCAUGCCAAUAAGAAAAAUACAUUUGUGCUGUCACUGGCGAUGGUGUUAAUGACUCUCCUGCUAUUAAACAAGGUGAUAUUGGUAUUUCUAUGAAUAUUUCAGGUAGUGAUGUAACUAAAGAUGCUGCAGAUAUGAUUCUUCUUGAUGAUGAUUUUGCAUCUAUUGUUUGCGGUGUUGAAGAAGGUAGAAAAAUAUUUGAUAAUCUUAAAAAGACUGUAGUAUAUCUUUUGACUUCUAAUAUGACUGAAAUUAUUCCUUUCUUGGCCUUUAUUGCUUUCUAACUUCCAGUACCUUUAUCAAGUAUAUUUAUGCUUGUCAUUUGUGUUGGAACAGAUAUUUGGCCUGCUCUUUCUCUAGCUUACGAAGAAGCUGAAUUAGAUGUUAUGACUAGAAGACCUCGUAAGAAAGAUGAGCACUUAGUAUCAGGAAAAUUAAUAACAAUUGCCUAUCUUCAAAUGGGUGAAAUCGGAUGCGCUGCAGGGUUUAUUGGGUACUUUGUAUGCUUUAAUUAUUUUGGUUUCCCUGUAAAGUCCCUUUUCGGAUAAGCAGUUUUUAGUGGAUAUAGACCACCUGAGGGUGACUUUGGUGACUAUAAUGGAAAUCCAUACUACAACAGUAAGCUUGAAGCCAUUACUAAGGGAGAUUGUAAUGCAAACUUUAAAGCUGCAUAAGAAUUAUCUUAUACUAUUGACUGGUCUCUUGUUGAAGAUGGAAAGUUCGAUUUAAGAAAAGCUUAUUUAAAAUGUGAUUCUAAUGGUAAAUGGGUCCCAACUGUUGCAUGGAGUGAUUGUGAUGUUAACUCUGAUCACACUUAUUCAGUUAUUACUGGAAAAACUGCAUGCUACACCACUGAUGCAAUAAAAUGGGCUUAAUCGGUUUACUUUGUUUGCAUAGUUUGUCUCCAAUGGUCAAAUAUAUUUGCUUGUAAGAGCAGAAAAAUGAGUUUCACAAAUUCAGCUUUUAAUAAAGUUAUGAUCUAAGGUGUAAUAUUUGAAACAGCACUUGCGGCAUUCUUAUUAUAUGUUCCAGGAGUGUAGGAUGUAUUUGGAGGAAGACCUCUAUCAUUCUGGAUGUUUGGAAUUCCAGGACUUUUUAUUAGUUCUACUUUACUAGUUUGGGAUGAAUUGAGAAAAUUUAGCACAAGGAGAAGUAGGUGGUUCCUAAAGUAUGCCUUGUGGUGA